AUGGAGGCCCUCAAACCCCAUGGUGGUGGUGUGAUGGACGCGUUGACUCCGGCCGCGCCUGAGGAAGUGAUGGACGUCCCAGAUGCCCUGGACACCCCAACACCAAACCGCUGGAGCCCUGAGGAGACGAUAGGGUCUCUUAAUGAGAUAAUUGGCCUGGUCGCAGCUCGGUUAGGCAAUAUGUCAGGGUCUAUUAGGGCCCUAAGCCGGGCCAGUGAGACCUGA